UGCUUUUUUUAUCUUUCCAGAAUAUGGUAUCAAGUUUUCGUGUGUCUGAACUGCAAGUGUUGUUGGGCUUUGCUGGACGUAAUAAAAGUGGACGGAAACAUGACCUCCUGAUGAGGGCACUGCAUUUACUGAAGAGCGGCUGCAGCCCAGCAGUUCAGAUAAAAAUUCAAGAACUCUAUAGGUGUCGGUACCCAAGGGCGAUUGAAGGACUCUCAGACUUAUCAGCUAUAAAACCUGUCGUUUUCAAUUUGGACAGUAGUUCCUCUCCUGUGGAGCCUGACCUGGCUCUUGCUGGGAUUCACACGCUCUCUUCUACUUCAGUCACACCUCAGUCUCCUUCCUCCCCUGUCAGCUCCGUGCUUCUCCAAGACACUAAGGCUCGCUUUGAGAUGCAGCAGCCGUCCCCUCCGAUUCCACCUGUUCAUCCUGAUGUUCAACUGAAAAGCCUACCUUUUUAUGAUGUGCUAGAUGUGCUCAUAAAACCUACGAGUCUAGGUAAGUGUUUGAUAGUACUGCAGGUUGUUUAAUUUGGAGGAUAGGUAUUGCUUAUGACAGUACAGAGUCCAGGCUUUUUUUUUUUUUUCCAGAUGGAGAAAAGUGGAAAUUCCCUUCCCUUCUUAGUGCUGGCCCUGCCCUUUCUCUACCUCUUGCCACCCAAAGUGCCAAGCCCCACUUUAGUAAUAAUA